UUAUUGCAUUUUGUUUUAAAAGCGACUUUCAUACAAUACACAACACAGAUUUUCAAAUAAAAUACUCUAACUCUGUAUACAAUCAUAAAAAAAAAUUAAUUCAAUUAGUUUAUUAGAAAAAGUGAAGCAUAACGGAAAUAUCAGUUACAAGCUAACAGAAAGGCGUGUGGGAAGAUUUGUUUUAUAAUAAUAAAUAUCGCAGCAAAGAAAGUUAGUUUUUCACGAAUUUGUACUCUGCUCGGUUAGAAAUGAAUCGAUUUACGUAUCGGAGCGUUUACGAAUUGUUGCAUUGAUUCAAUUUCUUGGAAGUUCAAAAUGGAAUAACCUACAUAGCAAGGAAACAAUAUUAUCGAUUUUAAAUGUUGCGUUUUAGCGAAGUUAAAUGAAACGCAAACCCCAUUUAACGUUCAAUGUAGUUUAGUAAAGGCAAAUCAAUUUGUUUGCAGUGCAAAAAGUUGAAACGAAACCAAAAAAAUAUUAAAAGUAUAAGUUAAAAAUUUAAUAUACAUACAUAUACAUAUACAUAUAAAAAAUUGCAAAGCACCAAUUGAAAACCAAAAAGCUUAAAGCAUUAAAUCAACAAUAUCAAAAGUGAAACUUAGCAUAGCAUAGCAGCCGCAGCAUACAGCAUAGUGCAACAACAACAGGAGCCAGCGACAGCACCCAAUCACCUUCUUAAAAACACUUAGUAAAUUAGCACUAACCCAACGGAGACGGUUCUACUCACUUAACACAUAUUACAUUUAACUGCAACACCGUUAUACUGAUCCGCAAACACAAAACCUCAAAUUACUGCUAAUUCAAAAGAAAAAAAUUAAUAAAAAUCAAAAUAAAAAGGAAAAAUAAAUUUAAAUAAAAUUGCAUACACAAUAGUUGUGCUCGAGCAAAAACUGAAAAAAAAACAUUCAACCAACAAAAUAAAUUGAAAGGUGAACUGCAGACUGUAACUGUAAUACUUUUUAAUUAGCUCGAAAAAAUGGGGUGCUUAAGUAGUAAAGACCGUCUGACCAAAGAGGAUAUGGAGUUUUUGAAAUCGCAUACACGCUACGACGAGGCCACAAUUAAGGAAUGGUAUAAAGGAUUCAAGCAAGAUUGUCCCAACGGCCGUUUGACGCCGGCCAAAUUUGUGGACAUGUACAAAAUGUUCUUCCCGUCUGGAAAUGCCGAGGAGUUUUGUGAUCACGUUUUUCGCACCUUCGACAUGGACAAAAAUGGUUAUAUUGAUUUUAAGGAAUUUCUACUUGCUAUAGACGUUACAUCGAGUGGCACUCCCGAGGAGAAGCUUAAAUGGGCUUUUCGCAUGUACGACGUAGAUGGUAAUGGCGUAAUUGACAUACAAGAAAUGACGAAAAUUGUUCAGGCCAUAUACGAUAUGCUUGGCGCGUGUUCAUCGAAUCGACCAGCAGAUUCUGCUGAGGAGCGUGCAAAAAAUAUUUUCGCCAAAAUGGAUGAAAAUAAUGAUGGUCAAUUAACCCAAGAUGAAUUCUUAAAAGGGUGUCUGCAAGAUGAGGAACUUUCAAAAAUGUUGGCCCCAUAGACAUAAUUCAACACAAAAACCCCCGGAAAAAACAAAGAACAAACCAUACAAAAUAAAAAAAUAAAAAGAAAGAAUUAAAACAACAACCAAAUAAAAUGACCAUUGUGGUUUAUGUAAUUUAUUGAAUCAUUUAUAUCACAAUAUUUAUAAAUUUACAUUUCCUAAAAUGAAUACUAAGGCAUCUACUAAAAAUUAA